GAGACGAGCUCAUGCACUGGAAAAGUUCUCCGAUGUAGGUUACUGUAAGCCAUAUAACGGUUAAAUAUAAUAACUGAAAAGUUGAUGCGUGAUUUGUCCAGGAGCUUACUCUGAAAUGUGGCCAAGUCCAUGACUCGACGGAGGAGGGCUGUUUAUAGCGUACACGGGUACUUCACCAUUUUGUCUCCUCUGGCUCCGUGAUCUCUUCGUCCUCAUGGAGCGACUCUACUGGGUUCGUCACAGAUGUCUGCAGCUGAUAUCCACAGACAGAAGGAGGGGCUGGUACUCUCCUUCUUCAACACUUCCUGCUAAGAGUAGUCUGGACGCUCAGGACCCUCUGGUUCAGCGGUUCACUGGAAAGAGAAGAGUGGUGGUGUCACGAUGUGGUCCACACCAAGCGGAGUACCACAGCUUCUCCAAGGGCUUUCAAGACAACAGCAUACGGACCACCAAGUACACCCUCAUCAGCUUCAUCCCCAUGAAUCUGUUCCAGCAGUUUCACAGAGCAGCAAAUCUGUACUUCCUGUUCUUGGUGUUGCUGAAUUGGGUCCCAGUGGUGGAAGCAUUUCAGAAGGAGAUUACCAUGAUCCCAUUAGCGGUGGUGCUCACAGUCAUUGCCUUCAAAGACGCCAUGGAGGACUACAGGCGUUACCGCUAUGACAAGAAAAUUAACAACACACUGACACAUGUCUACAGCGGGGAGCAGAAGAGGUAUGUGGAGCGGCGUUGGGCAGAGGUGUGUGUCGGUGAUCUGGUCAGUCUCUGCUGUAAUGAGAUCAUUCCUGCUGACAUGGUGCUGCUGCACUCGUCUGAUCCUAACGGAGUGUGUCACAUUGAGACGGCCAACCUGGAUGGAGAAACCAACCUCAAACAAAGGCAGGUGGUCCGUGACCUGCUACAGCAGGGAUCUGAAUUUGUUCCAGAAAACUACAGCAGUCACAUUGAGUGUGAAAAUCCCAACAAUGACUUGAGACGGUUCAGAGGCUUCAUGGAGCAUCCUGGUAAAAUGCGGGUUGGACUCCACAGUGAAAACCUGCUCCUGAGGAGCUGCACUGUGAGGAACACAGAGACUGUGAUUGGCAUUGUGGUCUAUGCAGGUCAUGAGACAAAAGCAAUGCAGAAUAACAGUGGACCACGCUACAAACGAAGUAAACUGGAGCGCAGACUCAAUAUGGACGUCCUCUGGUGUGUCGUUUUACUGCUGCUCAUGUGCCUUAUUGCUGCUGUAGGUCAUGGUUUUUGGUUGAGUGAACUGCAGAAUACCAUUUAUAUGAUCCCUGAUGACACACACCCUGCUCUCGCUGCCUUUUACAUGUUCUGGACUAUGAUCAUUGUUCUGCAGGUGCUGAUUCCCAUCUCCCUCUAUGUGUCAAUAGAGAUUGUGAAGCUGGGACAGAUUUAUUUUAUUCAGAAUGAUUUAGAUCUGUAUAACCCAGUACUGGACACGGGAGUGCAGUGCAGAGCGUUGAACAUCACAGAAGAUCUUGGACAGAUCCAGUACCUGUUCUCUGACAAGACGGGAACCCUUACAGAGAACCGCAUGCUGUUCCGCCGCUGCACUGUUGCAGGAACUGAGUACCCUCACUGUGAGAAUGCGAUUUCUCUGGAACGGUAUGAGGAGCAGGGCUGUGGCGAUGCAGAUCACUCUCUCACCCUGAGGUCACGCACUAGCAGGAAGUCACUGAGCUGUAAAUCGCUCAGCUGCAACCGGAGUUCAGUGUCCCUCAAUACCCUCACUGCAGAGUCUGACACACACUCAGUCCACGACACACUCCGCAGACACACACCCGGAGCCUUCAGCAGCGCCAUGGAAUGUGCCGUUGUUCCAGACCCUCAGCUUCAGGCGAAGCUGAACACACUGUCUUCACCCAUGCGUUCCCCUCUCCGACAGCAAGCCGUUGAAAUCUCUCACAUACUCGACUUCUUUCUCGCCCUCACUGUCUGCAACACUGUAGUAGUUUCCUCACCCACUCAGCCAAGACAUGUGGUUCAGAUGCCCAUGGUUCGCACACCCCUGCGCUCUCUAGAGGAGAUGAAGGCUAUGUUUCAGAAGCUGAGUCUGCCUCGCUUUCCCUCAUCACCUAGUCAAAACACAGACACUCUUCCCAGCCUAACCAAGAAACUCUUCACCCGGGGUCGUUCGGCUUCCUACUUCCCUAACAACAGCCCGCAAACACCCAUCAUGACACUACAGUCACCCAUCACACCCUCUGGCACCCCUUCAAACACUCCAACCACCCCCGUCACACCAGCGCUGUCCAGUGGGGCGUGGAGCAAGGACGUGGACGACAUAAAGAAGGCCAAAGAUAACUCUGCUGAUGAGUCAGGGAGCGAUGAUGAAGAUGAGGCAGAAGAGUUGCUGUACGAGGCGGAGAGCCCGGAUGAGGCGGCAUUGGUGCAAGCAGCGAAGGCCUAUGGGUGUACUCUGCUGGGCCGGUCCCCAGAGCAAGUCCUUGUGGCUGUUCCAGGCACUGGGCCGCUGUCCAUCCCUCUGCUUCACGUACUGCCAUUUCAUUCUGCCCGCAAGAGGAUGUCUGUGGUGGUGCGCCAUCCGCUCACUGGAGAGGUGGUCGUUUACACUAAAGGAGCUGAUAAUGUCAUUAUGGAGCUGGCUGAAGCAGCUGAAGAUGGUUUCUCUAGGGAGAUCAUGGAACGGACGCAGAGACAACUGGACCAGUAUGCAAGAGAGGGACUGCGCACUCUCUGUGUUGCUAAAAAAGUAUUGGAAGAGCAGGAAUACAAAGCCUGGUUGAAGAGACAUGAGUAUGCAGAAACCAGCAUUGAAAACAGAGAAGAGCUUCUGCUUGAAUCUGCCGAGAGACUGGAAACUAAUCUCACAUUACUGGGGGCGACGGGUAUAGUAGACCGCCUGCAGGAGGAAGUACCUGAGACCAUUGAGGCUCUGCAAGAAGCUGGGAUUAAAGUAUGGGUCCUCACUGGGGACAAACAAGAGACGGCUAUUAAUAUUGCUUUUGCUUGCAAACUCCUCAGACCUACAGACCACAUAUUGAUGGCCAAUUGUGAUAGCAAGGAGACAUGUGAGGCUCGACUUCAUGAGUUACAACAUGAGAUCAGACAGGUCACAAAGGAAGGCGUGUCUGAAGAUGAUAGCUCUGACUGUGUGCUGGUCAUUGACGGCCGUACGCUGGACUACGCUCUGCAGAAGGAGCUACAGGGGUCAUUCCUGGAGCUCACAUGCUGCUGUCGCUCAGUCAUAUGCUGUAGAUCCACCCCUCUGCAGAAGAGCCAAGUGGUGCGGCUCGUCAGAGACAAGCUGAAGGUCAUGACCCUGGCUAUAGGUGAUGGAGCCAAUGAUGUCAGUAUGAUUCAAAUGGCAGAUGUUGGCAUCGGCAUCUCAGGCCAGGAGGGCAUGCAGGCGGUGAUGUCCAGUGACUUUGCUAUCUCUAGAUUUAAGUUCCUGAGAAAGGUCAUUUUGGUACACGGUCAUUGGUGUUACGCUCGUUUGGCUAACAUGAUCCUCUAUUUCUUCUACAAGAAUGUGAUGUACGUGAACCUUUUGUUCUGGUACCAGAUUUUCUGUGGAUUUUCAGGCAGCACAAUGACCAACUCAUGGGUUUUAAUCUUCUUCAACCUGCUCUUCACCUCUGUCCCUCCAAUCAUAUACGGCGUGCUGGACAAAGAUGUGUCCGGUGAGACGCUCCUAGACCUGCCUGAUCUCUACAAGUCUGGACAAAACUCGCAGGCCUAUCUUCCGUCAACAUUCUGGAUGAAUAUUCUCGAUGCAUUUUACCAAAGCCUAGUGUGUUUCUUCAUACCUUACUUUGCAUAUGCAGGGUCUGAUAUAGGGGUAUUUACCUUUGGCUCUCCAAUCAAUGGCUCCGCUCUCCUCAUUAUCCUCCUGCAUCAGGUUAUAGAGAGUCGCACAUUGACAUGGAUACAUACUACAUUGCUGCUCUUCAGUGCCUUGUUCUAUUAUGCCUUUGUUCUGUUGUUCAGUCUUACGUGUGUGACAUGCAAUUCUCCCACAAACCCCUUGGGCAUUGAGACAAAAAUGAUGUCUGAGCCACUCUACUACCUAGUAUGUGGACUUACCACAGUCCUGGCCCUGCUACCUAGGAUCCUGUGUCGUGCCUUUUGUAACACUAUCUGUCCAUCUGACCUGGUGAGAGCACAGAAAAUGGAGAGACUCUCAGCACAAGACUAUUUCAUGAGUUUACGGCAGUGGAAGGAGAACAAAGCUGCUCAAAGACCGUCUUCAAGACACGUCCCUCAGAACCUCAGUGUGAAUGUUGACAUGCCCCAUUUAACAGACUGUAUCGCUGAAGCAGGCGCUGUUCUCUCAUGACCAAUAAGGAAGUUGCCCUUGAUCAUAUAAACAUGGUCAUUAGUUCAAAGAGUGACCAUAUAUUCUUGCACUUUAAUGAUCGGCGGAUACUCUGACCAGUCAGACGUCAGAUCUGGCUUUUCUCUGCCCAGAAAGUGUUUUCACAGUGAUGUACAGUACCUUGGCUCUGUGGAGCUUACAGAUGAACUGCAUCGCAAACUCAUUCCAGUCCAGUGAUCGCAGAAUAGACUUGGAGUCUGGCUUUUGUAGACAAAAGAUAUAAAGAGAAUUGUUUACAUUUCACAAGGCUGUGCCUGUGACAUUUAUAAUUACACAUGCACUCCAGAAUUAUGCAAGAACCUCAAGAGUUGUGAGGAUGAAUUUUGGGUUAGGAUGUGGUUAGUGUUUGCCAACAUAGUGUGGCUACUUUGCUCCUACUUUAAUGCAAUACUCUAUUUUUGCUAUUGAGGGUAAAAAUAUCACAACUUCACUACUGCAUAGACCAUGAGACCAUGAGAAAAUGAGCUUGCACACUUCCCUUAACACAAAUUCCCACAGUCAUGUUUAUUCUAGCAAACUGCAAAUGACGGGUCUUACUCUUUGAGACUAUAGGAAUGAUCAAAUGAAAUUUUUUUUUUUUUUUCUGGUAACCUCUUAAUAAUUAGGAGAAGCAUGACUCUGUCUGUUUGAUACUGUAUCUGAUCAUGGAGAAGUUCAAUACCAUGAGGCCUUUACAUUAAAUGAACUUUCCCUGCUCAGGAAUAAAAUGAGAUGAACAUAAACAGGAGCUAAUGUAUUUGUGACCCGAGGUCCUUGAUGUCCAUUUGUGUGUUCAGUCUGACAGUGAACGUGCUGACUGCAUGCAUUACAAAUGGACAAGCCCAGUAUUUCGUGAUGAAUGCUAGAUUGCUUUUUAUACUUCAAUGCAAUUUUAUUUUCACUGCAAAAGUGAAUGCUUGAAUUUUGAAAAUGUGAAUUAAUAAUCCAGAAUGAUCAUCUAAGAUGAUUUUGAGUCAUUGACUAGAAAACAUUAUUUAUAGUCAUUAUUUUACACCUUAUGUGAGCCAUUAGUAAAUUUGCAAUAAAAUACUCAAAACUUUAAAACUUGACCACUGCUUGAAUAUGAACAUAUACACAACAGGUAUAAACAACAGAGGAAAGAUGUCCAGACUACAAAAUAAAAGUCUUUGUGAACCACUAUAGUUGUAUAACUGGGAUAAAGGGUGAUAAUAAUGUACACUCAAUAGCAGCUAAGACAUGAUUGCUUUAUUUUAAGUUCUCUUACAUCCA